AUGAUGAACGUGGUGCAAGAAUUAAUUUUUGUUUAUGUCAUACGUGGAGUCCACAUAGAACCCGAGCAUAUAAUGAAAAAGAGAAGCAUAGAUCACCCGUUGAGGAUUCUUUUAUAUUACGACGAAAGCGUUUACAGAUUGGACGAGGAAAAAUUCGAAUUAAUUAACAAUACAAUAUUGCCUGAAGCCGUUCAUUUUUGGGAACAGGCGUUAAUGGUACGCAAGACUGAUAAAAUAAUUAGACUCAAUAGAAAAUGUUUAAAUAAUCAAGUAUUUUACCGUCGAGGAGAUCCUCAUCCGUAUUGUAAAAAUGCAUGCGAAGAAGAAACGAUGUGCGGUGAAGCGGUCGUACCUGAACAACAUUUAGAAGUAUGCAGAACUUGUAACGACACAGGUCAAGAUUGCAGAGCGGAUAGCGCGGAACCAGGUCCGGGAAUCGACGGAGCCGAUUUUGUCUUCUACGUAUCGGCCAUGCAAACGGAAAGAUGUUACAGGGGAAUGACCGUGGCCUACGCCGCUCAUUGUCAACAAGAGGGAGCUUUGGAUAGGCCGAUAGCAGGUCACGCUAACCUUUGCCCCGAUAGCAUAAGUACAAAACCGCAAGAAUUGGAAAUACUGUUGUCAACGGUCAAACACGAAAUACUACACGCCCUCGGAUUUUCCGUUAGCUUAUACGCUUUUUACAGAGACGAAAAUGGUAAACCCCUCACGCCGAGAGGUGAAAAUGGAAAACCUUUGCUGGAUGAAAAGCUCCAAACUCGUCAGUGGAGCGAUAAAGUGAUUCGUAAAAUCGUAAGAAACGAUUGGCUCGUACACGGAGGAACGGUCAAACGUGAAUUUCGCGUUUUGGUCACUCCGAGAGUCGUGGAAGAAGUAAGAAAUCAUUUCAAUUGUUCGCUUUUGGAAGGAGCCGAAUUGGAAGAUCAAGGAGAAGAUGGCACCGCUCUCACUCAUUGGGAAAAACGAGUUUUCGAAAACGAAGCGAUGACUGGAACACACACACAAAAUCCAGUAUAUUCGAGAAUAACUUUGGCAUUGAUGGAAGAUACCGGAUGGUACAAGGCCAAUUACAGCAUGGCGCAACCGUUGAGCUGGGGUAAAAAUUUAGGAUGCGAUUUUGCAAUGAGGAGUUGUAAGGAAUGGAUGGACAAACAUCGUAAAAUGAAAAAAUCGAUAUAUCCGUUUUGUAACAAAGUCAAACAGGAUCCGUUGGAAACGGAAUGCACGGAAGAUCGUUCGUCCGUUUCCCUUUGCAAUUUGGUACCGCACGCGAACAAACUUCCGCAGGUUUACCAACAUUUCGACGUGUUACCUCACGUGCCGUCAGGGAACAUCGCGCAUUACGGGGGUUCCGUAUCACUCGCGGAUUAUUGUCCCUACACGCAAGAAUUCACAUGGAGAUCGAAUAAUAUAGCCGUGAGAGGAUCCCACUGCAAAUAUUUCGAAAAUAAUCCACAACCUGAAAAGAAUUUCGCAUUGGAAAAAUAUGGGGAAAAAUCAAAAUGUUUCGAUAAUGCGAAUCAAAUGUGGGAGGAAAAAUCGUGUCGUCAGGUUCGUCAGUGGCAACACUGGGGUAGCGGUUGUUACGAGUAUUACUGUCAAGCGGGAAGGUUGCACAUCGUCGUGGCAAAUUACAGUUACACGUGUUACAGAGCCGGACAAGAGCUCAACAUAAGGAUAAAAUCAAACGGUUGGCUUCACAAGGGAGUUUUGGUGUGUCCACCGUGCGACGAAUUGUGCAAAGAGGAACUCGAAGAAAUCGGAGAAUGGUGCAAACCAGAUUCGUUUCCACCCCGAACCGCAGUCUAUUACAAAGACGAUUUAAAAUGCAAUUGUUCGACGUGGCGUCCGACGAUUCUUCUGCCACUUUUGUGUCUCGUCGCGUGGGUCGUCAGGUGGCGAAACGAUAAUUUUUUAAAUGUUUCUUUUUUUUUUUUUUAG